UCGAGUCGAUAAACAAAACAAUCACUCCGACAGAUGCAACGACCCAGUACAGGAGACUGAUGUAACAGAGUGAUCGAUAACCUGAUCAUGGAAGAGGAGGAGGCAGAUCUUCAAACGUGUGAUGCUUUCAAAACUGAGAAGAAAGCUCAACGCUUGUCCUUGCAUCUGCUUGUAACCAGACAUCUUCCUCCAGAGGCAACUUCUUCAUGGGACCAGGAGAAAAUCUUAACAGCCCUUUGUGAGAUCACACAUGUUCGACUAGACCGUGAAAACAUCAGUCAUAUUGACAGUCUGGAGCUUCUGAGUGAUAAAGUCACCAACGUGUAUCUCCAACAGAACCGGAUCACACGCAUCAGCAACCUCGACUGCCUGAAAAACUUACAGUUUCUGACACUGGCCGGCAACCUCUUACAGAAGGUGGAGAACCUCAGUAAACUCUCCAAGCUUCUCUUCCUUGACCUCUCAGACAACCGCAUAGCACAGUUUGACAUUGAUGAAUUCCCCCAGUCUCUGAUACUGCUGAACCUGUCUGGUAACCCCUGUACUCAGAUGCCAGACUACCGAGGCUGCAUCAUUCAAGACCUGCACAAUCUGCAGCAGCUGGACAAUGUGGACGCCACUGAGGAGCGAGAGGAGGCGGGAUACCCGGUGUCCAGUGAGGAGGAAUCGGAUGAGACAGAAGAGGAGCCAAGACGCAGGAUGAUGAGAGAACAUGAGGUGGAUGUGCCUCUACAGAGUCUAACGUCUGAGGUGUUGAUGAGGUCACAGACCCGUCUAGAGGAGAGUCUUGCUGACCAUCGCAGACACAACAUGGAGCUGGACAAUAUAAGGCUCAAGUACAAGUUGCCCCCAAGUGCUAGAUCCACUCCUCACAACACCUGACUCCACUCCACACAACACCUGACUCCACUCCACACAACACCUGACUCCGCUCCACACAACACCUGACUCCGCUCCUCACAACACCUGACUCCACUCCUCACAACACCUGACUCCACUCUACGCAACACCUGACUCUACUCCCAACACCUGACUGCGCUCCACACAAGACUUGACUCCACUCCUCACAACACCUGGCUCCACUCCUCACAACACCUCACUACACAACACCUGACUCCACUUCACACAAUACCUGACUCCACUCCACACAACACCUGAUUCCACUCUCU